AUGUACGUCACCAGGCCGCUUUCUCUCUACAAGGCUUCCAAUGGCGCAGCCUCGGAGCCGCCGCCGGAGGGUCCUCACUCAGGGUACCUGGUGAUCCAAGACGAGGCAUACGAGGCCCAGGCAGAAAUGAUCGGCUGUUGCGGGAUGCGUAAAGACCAAGGCCUAAGAAACCUCCUCUUCCCACAAAACCGGCUUCUCACCGCUGACAUGGUAUUCAAAGCCUUCUUGGUUCCCGUCCCCGGCAUGCCCUUGUCGGCCAACCGGUACUACGUCAUCCACCCGAAGGGGAAAAUGCAGGGUAGUUCUCCUGCGAUUAUCUAUCAAGUCUUCGUUUCAUAUCUUCCAUUCAUGCUCAACUAG